AUGUUCCCCACGCUGCUUCUGCUACCCAGCCUCCUGGGGGCCUCACUGGCCAGCCCCAUCCAGGGCCCCCGGGAGUGUGCACAGGGCUCGGCCGAGUGGUGUCGGGACUUGCAGGCGGCAAUGCGGUGUGGGGCCGUGGGGUACUGCCGGAGUGCCGUCUGGAGCAAGCCCACCGCCAGGUCCCUGUCCUGUGACCUGUGCCUGGAUGUGGUGGCCGCAGGCAGCAACGGGCUGAACCCCAAUGCCACGGAGACCGACACUCUGGCUUUGGUGACAAGGUCCUGUGAGUGGCUUCCCGGCCAGGACUCUUCGGUCAGAUGCAAGGAGAUGACAGAUGCCCACAGCUCGGCCAUCCUGGACAUGCUGCGGGGGGACCCGGGCAGCGCCCCAGCACAGGUGUGCACCGCGCUCACCCUCUGCCAGCCACUGCAGAGGGUCCUGGCCACCCCAGGGCCACUCUCCGAGGAGGACACAUCCGAGGUGGUGGCCCCAUUCAUGGUCAGCGAGCCCCUCAGCCCCAACCCCCUGCAGAUUCCUGAGGACACUGUGUGCCAGGACUGUGUCCAGCUGGUCGCCCGGCUCCAAGACGCUGUGGGGUCCAACAUGUCCAGCCUGGCAGAAGUGACCACCCAGGAGCAGUGUAAGUCCCUGGGGCCAGGCCUGGACCUCCUGUGCAAGAACUACAUCCUUCGCUUUCUCACCCCUGCUGAGCACAUGCUGAGGGUCGUCCUGCCCGAGGAGACCUGCGAGAGGGGGGGCUUCUGUGAGGAGAUGCGGGGGCCCGCCACAGACGCGGUCCCUCCCCUGGAGCCGCUGUCCGCGAGGGAGAGGAACGAGGUGCUGAUGAAGGCCGGCCUGACCUGUGACGUGUGCCUGCAGGUGGUCCAGGAGCUGGACCAGUGGCUGGACUCCGACAGCACGGAGGCCCUGAUCCGCCGAGGCCUGGAGCGCGUGUGCUCAGUGAUGCCCACGUCCAUCGUGCGGCAGUGCGUCACCAUGGUGGACACCUACAGCCCCGCCCUGGUGCAGUUCGUGACCAAAGUGCCCCCAGAGGACGUGUGCAAGGCCAUCCGGCUCUGCGGUGCCCGGCGGCAGGCCCGGGCCAUCCAUGAGGCCUACAAAGCCACCCUGCCCCCCUUGCUGGACACACAAAACCAGGGACACUUCUGCAAUGGGUGCCGGAGGCUGCUGGGCGUGUCCACCCAGAACCUGGACCGCAAAAACACCCAGCGCAACAUCCUGAAGGCCUUCAAGGGCGGCUGCAGCAUCCUGCCGCUGCCCUACCUGAUCCAGUGCCGCCGCUUCGUGGACGAGUACGAGCCCGUGCUCAUCGCGACCCUCAAGGAGGUGAUGGACCCCCUCAGCCUGUGCACCAAGGUGGGCGCCUGCCACGCCUCCAGGACCCCGCUGCUGGGCACCGACCAGUGCGUCAUGGGUCCGAGCUUCUGGUGCUCGAACCAGGAGGCGGCUGAGAUGUGCAAUGCCAUGGAGCACUGCCAGCGCCACCUGUGGGGAGUGGCACCCUUCCACUCGGGGGAGCAUGCGUGACUGUGGCCCCCAGCGACCCCGGGGGCCCUCACCUCCUUGGCUCUGGCAGGGACCCUCUGAGACAGGCACUGCUCCCACUCCCCCAUCACAGAUGAGAACCAAGGCUCUGGGCGGGCAGCUGCAAAGAGCAGCGCUGAAGUCCCCGGUCACCAUCUUGGCGGUCGCGCCGUGUGGCUCUGCCCAUGUGAGUGUCCCCCGGGGACUGGAACCAAAGGCUGGGCACGGCCCCGCCCCCACCCACCACCCCCAGCCUCCAUCGCCACGACGGUGCUGAUGGGUGGGGGCCCAUCGUGGCCUCUGCUGCCCUUCCGUGCUCUGCCAAGCAGCCUGGCGGCAAGCCAGGCAGGGCAGAGGGCAGGAGAGAACAGCCGUCCUGGGUGGGGUCCCUCUUGUCCAACAGCUGGGGGUGCAACUGGGUCUCAUCCACAGCUACUAUCACUUGGCUCAGAACAAAGCUUCUCCACCCCAGGGUCCCGGGGGUGGCCCCAAAAGCGUGCACCAGUGUGACUCUCUGUGGGUCAUCCUGGGAGGAGGCUGGGGCUGUGACCACACCCCGCAGGGGUACCUGGGCUCAGAGCAGGCCUCCCAGGCCUCUGCCCACCGGGGGCCCCCAGACACCGGCUGUGGGACCACAUGGCGCUGAGCACGUCCUCUCACUACCGGAGCCCCAGCUUUCCAGUCUGCAGGGAGGUGUGACCAGACACACCUCAUGGGGACAGUGACACACUCCCAAGAGAAGCCCGAGAGCUCCUCUCCCAGAGACCCCCCCAGUCUGCAGGGCCGAAGACUGGC